GCACCGCCUGUGUUUGCGCCCCGCGGACCUGUUUCGCCCGGUGUGGACUCUCGCGGACUCUCACGUGCUCCACACAGCGGACCCGGCCCCCGCCUCGCCUGCGCCUCUCGCUUCUUCUUGGUCUUGCUUUCCCUCUUUGGUUCCACUCACACCGUGCUUCCUCCGCCCAGGCCCUUGCCUGUGCUGUCCCUUGCCCGUGAAGCCAUCUUCCCUUCCCUGUGCCAUCAUCUGGAAUAGGAAGAAAAGGGCGCCAUCGUUAAAACCCUGACGAACACUCAACAUGUAUCAGGCAGAUAAAGGUGGGAGGGGAGCUAGGAAAGGAGACAUCCGACAGGAAGACAAGCAGGAGGGUCAUCAACAGAAUUUGAGAACAGAAUUUCAAGAUGAAGACCCUGGUCGCCUGUGUCGUGCUGAAGAAAAGUAGAGGAAAGUCUGGACUCAUUUCUAGUGAGUUGAGACGGAAAAGAAAAACAGUAUGGUUGGGUGCGAAGGGAAGGCGAGAGAUUAGCUGUAGUUGAAGGGACGACAAGGUGAAGGGAUGGGUUUUUGUUUCAUUGUCGGUUUGAUAUUAAGGUAAGGAAAAACAUGUUUAAGGUGAGAGGUGUUUUCGGACCCUUGUAGAUGCAAGUGACAGGAAACCCGAUUUAAAAGAGGCAGAGCAAAAAGGGCACAGAUUGGCUGACGUGACUUGAGAAAUCGAGAAGUAGGUCUGGCCUCAAACACAGCUGAGUCCAGGGGUUCAGGCUGUCUGCUAACGUCUUGGUUCCUCUGCAUUGCUCAGAUCUGCUUUCUUUGGGUAGGCUGCACUCAUUCUGCAACCCUUCUGAGGCACUCUUUGCUGUGGCCAGGAAAAGUCCCAAAUUGAACCUCACCAGCCUGGCUCAGUUCCUGUGUCCACCCCUAAACAGGAGAUGGGGUGUGCUGUUUGAUUAGGUGAGAGGUGGGUCAGCUCUGGGCUCAGGUUGCAUGGAUUGGGAAUGGGCCAAAGUGGCUCCCUAGGGAGGAGCAGGAUUACAGUGACCAAUGGAAUGAAUGGAUGCUGUCCUGUCACAGAGGGAGAGAGGGGAUAAAGGAAGAGCAAGGCCCCCCAGGAAUGGGGUGGCCUUCGACUUGAGCCUGGACGGGAGCCUGGAGAGUAUGGCUGUGGAGGAGACGGCCAACCCUCCUAGUAAGCAGGAGGGGAAGGCUUUGCGGCUUGGGAUGGAUAUGCCAAGUGCCAAACUAGGGAUGUGUGAGAUGGGGAAGGGACUUACCAGGGUGUCCCCUUCAUGUUCUGUAACUGUCUGGUCUCACAUGAGGCCAAGACCUGUCCCAGCCUAUUUGUGCCGUGUGGAAGUGUCAGCCAGAGGAAAAACAUAGACGGGGGGAGUGUGGGGUGGGGAAAAACCCCAGCCAGGAAGGACCUGACCAAGCACCAGGAUCGCUCCUGAGGGUAUACAGGGGAACAGUGGGAUAGAAAGUGAGUGAAGAUGAAAGGGUCCAGGCUGGGAAGAGCUUUGAAUGCCAAGGCCUUGAAUUGGAAGUUCAUUCUGAAGCCAGCCAUGUUGACCAGGAGAGAGAGAAGGAAGGUGAAAGAGUCUGGUCAGGAGGAGGAAUGUUUUGGCUGCAUGUACAGCUUGUACUGGAGAGGGGGUUACGUGUGGGUGAUUUGAGAGGUGCUGCCACACAGGUCACAUUAAGGUGAGCUGCAGUGACGGGGACGAAGGUUUUUCUUUAGGAAUCAGCAGGAUGUCACGUUUGACUCAGAAUAAAGAAUUGCUGGAAAUCUUGAGGAAUCCUACAACCGAGCAGCCUGGAAAGCAUUGUACUACACCGAUGACACCGCCAUGGCCAGAGCCCUUGUGCAGUCCCUGCUGGCCAAGGAGGCCUUUGAUGAGGUGGACAUGGCUCACAGGUUUGCCCAGGAGUACAAGAAAGACCCUGACAGAGGUUAUGGGGCCGGAGUAAUCACUGUCUUCAAGAAGCUCCUGAGUCCCAAAUGCCACGAUGUCUAUGAGCCUGCCCGGGCCCAGUUCAACGGAAAGGGCUCCUAUGGGAAUGGGGGUGCCAUGCGGGUAGCAGGCAUCCCCCUAGCCUACAGCAAUGUCCAGGAUGUGCAGAAGUUUGCCAGGCUCUCAGCCCAGCUGACCCACGCCUCCUCCCUGGGUUACAACGGUGCCAUCCUGCAGGCCCUGGCUGUGCACCUGGCUCUGCAGGGCGAGUCCUCCAGUGAGCACUUCCUUGAGCAGCUCCUGGGCCACAUGGAGGAACUAGAAGGGGACGCCCAGGCCGUCCUGGAUGCCAGAGAGUUGGGUAUGGAAGAGCGUCCAUACUCCUGCCGCCUGAAGAAGGUCGGAGAGCUCCUAGACCAGGACUCGGUGACUCGAGAAGAAGUGGUGUCUGAGCUAGGGAAUGGCAUUGCUGCCUUUGAGUCUGUGCCCACCGCUAUCUACUGCUUCCUGCGCUGCAUGGAGCCUGACCCCGAGAUCCCCUCUGCCUUCAACAGUCUCCAAAGGACUCUCAUCUAUUCAGUCUCGCUUGGCGGGGACACAGACACCAUUGCCACCAUGGCUGGGGCCAUUGCUGGCGCUUACUAUGGGAUGGAUCAGGUGCCAGAGAGCUGGCAGCAAAGCUGUGAGGGCUAUGAGGAGACGGACGUCCUGGCCCAGAACCUGCACCGAGUCUUCCAGAAGAAUCUGAGAUGGGGCCCUGUGUGUAGACAAAGGCUUCCAGUUCUUCCAGCCAGCCACAGGAUCAGCCAGAAAGGAUCCUGACCUACCC